UUUCAUUCCUUUCUUCAAUCUGUUGGAAACGUAUCGUUUAUGAUGGCUUCCAACGUAAUCUCGUUUCAAACGUGCAGUUUCCUUGUACUCCUUUUUUUCCUGCAAGCCGCCUAUGGAGACAUGAGCUAUUCUUUUCCAGAGGAGAUGAAACGAGGAUCAGUUAUUGGAAAUAUGGCCAAGGAUCUGGGGAUGGACAGGAGCGCCCUCUCCAACAGAAAAGCCCGCAUUGACAGCGAUGGGAUUGAUAAACGUUACUGUGAAAUAAAUCUCAACAACGGGGAGUUGAUUGUUGCGGACAGGAUUGACCGAGAGGGGCUUUGUGCAGAAAAGGCUUCGUGCAUCCUAAAAUACGAGCUGGUGCUGGAGAACCCUCUCGAGCUCCAUCGGAUAAGUCUUCAUAUUCAAGAUAUUAAUGAUAACUCGCCGCAGUUUAAGGAAGAAUUUAUAAAUAUUGAUUCGGAGUCCGCAGACAAGGGAGCUCGUUUUGUGCUAGAGGAGGCGCACGAUGCGGAUGUAGGACAGAAUUCGGUUCAGCAGUACAGCCUAAAACAGAAUGAUAAUUUCAUUUUGGCUGUUGAUGGAAACACAAUAGAGCUUGUUCUUGAAAAGGAACUAGAUCGUGAAAAACAACAAGAGAUCAAUUUGAUCCUCACAGCUUUAGAUGGAGGCUCUCCUCAGAGAUCAGGUACUGUAGUCAUACACGUCACUGUGCUGGAUGCUAAUGAUAACGCCCCAGUGUUUAGCCAGGCCGUCUAUAAAGUCAGUCUGCCUGAAAACUCUCCUGUAGACACUGUAGUGGUCACAGUGAGUGCUACUGAUGCAGACGAGGGAGUCAACGGAGAUGUGACGUAUGAAUUUGGACAUGUUACUGAAGAUGUCAAGAAGAUAUUUAGUAUUGACCGAAAAGUCGGUGAGAUACGAGUUAUUGGUCCUGUUGAUUAUGAAACUACCUCAUCAUUUGAAAUACGAGUUAAAGCAAAAGAUGGUUUAGGGCUGUCCUCUUAUGCUAAGGUUAUAAUUUCUAUCUCUGAUGUUAAUGAUAAUGCCCCUGUUAUCAGUUUAAAAUCCCUGACCAACCCCAUACCUGAAAACCUGUCACCUGGUGCAGAGGUGGGCAUCAUUAACGUGCAGGAUAGAGACUCUGAGAAAAACAGACAGGUCCGCUGCUCCAUUCAGCAAAACGUCCCUUUUAAGUUGGUUCCUUCUAUUAAAAACUAUUAUUCUCUGGUGACCACAGGACACCUGGAUCGUGAACUAGUGUCUGAGUACAACAUUACAAUCACUUCCACUGACGAGGGCUCUCCCCCUCUGUCCUCCUCUAAAACUGUUCAGUUAUCUGUAGCAGACAUCAACGACAACCCACCUGUGUUUGAGGAGCAGUCCUACAGCGCAUAUGUGACUGAAAACAACAAACCUGGCUCCACUUUAUGUUCAGUUACUGCUCGAGACCCCGACUGGAGACAAAACGGUACCGUGAUUUAUUCUCUUUUACCCGGUGAGGUGAGCGGUGCUCCGGUGUCCUCCUAUCUGUCUGUUAACGGAGACACGGGGGUGAUCCACUCUGUGAGGUCGUUUGAUUAUGAACAGUUCAGGACUUUUAAAGUCCACGUGAUGGCCAGAGACAACGGUUCUCCUCCACUCAGCAGCAACGUGACUGUCAGUGUGUACAUAUCGGAUGUGAAUGACAACUCUCCUCAGAUACUGUACCCCGCCCCGGAGGGCAACACCUUCAUGACUGAGCUGGUCCCCAAAGCUGCACAAGGAGGCUCUCUGGUGUCCAAAGUGAUCGCGGUGGAUGCAGACUCCGGACAGAACGCCUGGCUGUCCUAUCAUAUAGUCAAAUCCACUGAUCCGGGACUUUUCACUAUUGGUCUCCACAGCGGAGAGAUCAGGACACAGCGGGACAUUUCUGAGUCUGACAGCAUGAAACAGAGCCUUAUUGUGGCAGUGAAAGAUAACGGACAGCCCUCUCUCUCUGCCACCUGCUCCAUGUAUUUACUUAUCUCUGAUAACUUGGCUGAGGUGCCAGAACUGAAGGAUAUUUCUUACGAUGAGAAGAACUCCAAACUGACUUCUUAUCUGAUCAUCGCACUGGUUUCUGUGUCCACCUUUUUCCUCACCUUCAUCAUCAUCAUCCUGGGUGUGAGGUUUUGUCGCAGGAGAAAGCCCAGACUGUUGUUUGAUGGAGCAGUCGCCAUCCCCAGCGCUUAUCUCCCUCCUAAUUAUGCAGAUGUUGACGGCACAGGAACUUUACGCAGCGCUUACAAUUAUGACGCCUACAUGACAACAGGUUCUAGAACCAGUGACUUUAAGUUUGCGUCUUCUUACAAUGACAACACACUGCCUGCUGACCAGACUCUGAGGAAAAGCCCUUCAGACUUUGUUCAAGUGUUCGGAGAUUGUGAUUCUUCUCCUGAGGUAGGGCCAUGUUUCAUAUCGUUAAAGUCGUGUUCAUCAUCCUGA